AUAAAGACUCAGAAGAAGAAUAACAAAGAAGAAGUCGUCUCUUCUUCCUGUCUCAUAUAUUAAGUUAUCAAUAAGAUUUCAAGCUUCUGUGUGUGAGAUGAUGCUGCCAGGUUGUGUGACAUUAUUAUUCAGGUGUGUCAGACUGGUGUCUGCUCACUGUGCUGUGAGCCCAUCCUCACUGAUGUCAGCAGGAUGGAACAGAAGGACAUGGUUAUCAGCUGGAGGCUUCACGCUCAUCCACAGCAGAGCACGCAGCCGCGCGCCGUCGCACCAGACUCCAGGGAAGCUGAUGCGUAGUGGAGAGGAUAAGAAAGCAGUGGUCUGGAUUGAGGGGAACAUUGCCAGCGGGAAGACGACAUGUUUGGAGUAUUUCAGCAAAACAAGUAACCUAGAGGUCCUCACAGAACCAGUGUCUAAAUGGAGGAAUGUUCGUGGACACAACCCUCUGGCUCUGAUGUACCAGGAUCCUGAGCGCUGGGGCAUCACACUGCAGACCUAUGUUCAACUCACCAUGCUGGAUAGACAUAUGUCACCCAUGUCAGCUCCUGUCAGGAUGAUGGAAAGGUCCAUCUUCAGUGCCAAGUACAUCUUUGUGGAGAAUCUCUUCAGAAGUGGAAAGAUGCCAGAGGUGGACUAUGCUGUUCUUACUGAGUGGUUUGAUUGGAUCACAACUAACAUAUCCAUUCCUGUAGAUCUUAUUGUCUACCUGCAGACGUCUCCUCAGACCUGCCAUGAGAGGUUAAUGCAGAGAUGCAGAGAGGAGGAGAAGGUCAUUCCACUGGAGUAUCUGGAGUCCACCCACCAGCUCUAUGAGGAUUGGCUCAUCAAACGUAGUUCCUUCUUUCUUCCUGCUCCAGUUUUGGUGAUUCCUGCUGACCAAGAUCUCCCAAACAUGCUGGAUAGAUAUGAAGAGAACCGUGACAAGAUCCUAACAGCUAACUACCUCUAAUACCCAAACACACUCCUGCAUCAACACAGGAGAACGCUGUUUACAGAUCAUUGUUAUACAUCUCACUAUCACAGUCACAUAUAUCUGAAGGCUAACAUUGAUAUUCAGAAGCUUUUAAUUAGAGAAUUUUCUUACCCAAAAUAUAUAUUAAAGGUAUUCUCAGACAGUGUCUCAGAUACCAGGUAAACAUUCCAUUCACCAUCUUAAAAGACUCCGAUAAGCCUUAAAGGAGCUUGGAAAAAGGCAUUUCAAAGAAUGUUCCCAGUGCUCCUCAGGCUCAGGCCUUCAAACUGUGAGGUUUAACUACAUUGUGUACAGUCCCAUCAAUCUCUCAUUGAGUUUUAAUUUAUUAGUUUGCAUUUUUUUUCUUUGUUACUGAAUGCACUUAAAGGUACCGUCCAGAAACGAUGCUUUAGCUCUAUUACAUAGGUGUGACAAUAUGUGAUGUUUUUGGAACUCAGUAAGUACAGGAUGUGGUUGAUACAGGCUGGUUUGCAAGGGGACUACAGAUGACUUAUGAAGUAAACACUGGUCAUUCACAACCAUAGCUGCUACAGGGUAGGGAUAACAUGUUUCUGUAAUUCCUUUUAAUGAAGGACUCUUUAUAUUUAUCACAUUUUUUUCCAUUUUAAUAAAUCCUAUAAUCUUAAACUC